AUGCACUUUUGCGACUCGGUGCUGUACCCGUUUGGUUCGAUUCCUGCCCCGUGUUACGUGGCGAUCGCCGUCUGCUACUUGUGCACGGGAGACGCUCCGAUCUACGCUCGUCUAACGAAGUUCCUAUACUCUUUCUUGCCCGUGACGUUCUGCUGUUGGGUGCUGAAUCUGCUGCCAACCGCGCAGUCGACAACAACGACGUGUGGCGUGCGCAGUAGGCAGGCAUGGCUUUCGUUGUCGUUUAUUACGAUGCUGGCAGUUUUUGAGGCCUUCCAGGCGCGCGUGACGGGGAAGGACAAGUCAUGGGCAAACACGGGCGCUGGCCAGAAGACGUCGUGGACGGAAAUUCCGAACGUGCUCUUUACUGGGGCUGGGACCACACUGCUUCCACCUCUAUGGCAAGUCUACUACGCGGGCAAUCUCGAGGGGGCCCAAGGCAUCGUAGCAGGCACGAAUGACCCGGCGGCGACGCAGACCGGAUCGUGUCGCGAAGGCAUAGACGAUGUUUGGCCAACGAAGGAGAAGGAGGCACAGGAUGCGAUGCAUGCCGAGUGA